CACAAUCCACUCUGUCAGGGUUUAAGGCAGGAAAAACAUGCUCAUUUUGAUGGUAGUAUUCUUCCUUCUCAACAUUCCAUUUCUCCUGGCAAAUUUCAAGGAUCCCAGAUGCUUUUGGAGAAUAAAUUUGAAUGAAGUCAAGGAUGAAGCCCUUGGGAUGACUUGUUCCUUCAUCCUCGGAACAGUUCAGAAGCCUAUGGACAAAGAUUAUUUCAACCAGACUCUGAAUGUCUUAAAAACAACUACAAACCACAAAUUUGCUUUGGCAUUGGCCUUUGCAGUGGAUGAAAUCAACAGUAAUCCUGAUCUUUUACCAAAUAUGUCUCUGAUUAUAAAAUACAAUUUGGGCCAUUGUGAUGGACAAACACCAACAAUUCCACCCGAUUUAUUUUACCCAAAUAAUCAUCAGCCUUUCCCUAAUUAUUUCUGUAAUGAAGAGAUUAUGUGUUUGGUUCUGCUUACAGGACCACACUGGAGCCCAUCUUUAUAUCUCUGGAUAUUCGUGUAUGUCUACUUUUCUCCACAUUUCCUUCAGCUUUCCUAUGGACCUUUCUACUCCAUCUUCAGUGAUAAUGAACAAUAUCCAUAUCUCUAUCAGAUGGGCCCAAAGGACUCAUCACUAGCAUUGGCAAUGGUCUCCUUCUUACUUUACUUCAAGUGGAACUGGGUUGGGCUAUUUAUCUCAGAUGAUGAUCAAGGCAAUCAAUUUCUCUCAGAGUUGAAAAAAGAGAGCCAAACCAAGGACAUUUGCUUUGCCUUUGUGAACAUGAUAUCAGUCAGUGAUGUUUCAUACUAUCAUAAAACUGAAAUGUACUACAACUUUGUGAUGUCAUCCACAAAUGUUAUUAUCAUUUAUGGGGAAACAAACAGUAUUAUUGAAUUAAGCUUCACAAUGUGGUCAUCUCCAGUUAAACAGAGAAUAUGGGUCACCACAAAACAAUUUGAUUUCCCUACCAGCAAGAGAGACUUAACUCAUGGCACAUUCUAUGGAACCCUUACAUUUCUACACCACUAUGGUGAGAUUUCUGGCUUUAAAAAUUUUGUACAGACACAGUACCAUCUCAGAAGCACAGAUUUAUAUCUAGUAAUGCCAGAGUGGAAAUAUUUUAACUAUGAAGCCUCAGCAUCUAACUGUAAAAUACUGAGAAACUAUUUAUCCAAUAUCUCACUGGAAUGGCUAAUGGAACAGAAAUUUGACAUGUCAUUUAGUGAUUAUAGUCACAACAUAUACAAUGCUGUGUAUGCCAUUGCUCAUGCACUCCAUGAGAAGAAUCUGCAAGAAGUUGAAAAUCAGGCAAUAAACAAUGGGAAAGGAGAAAAUACUCACUGCUUGAAGCUAAACUCAUUUCUGAGAAAGACCCAUUUCACUAAUCCUCUUGGGAACAGAGUGAUUAUGAAACAGAGAGAAAUAGUGCAUGAAGACUAUGACAUUUUUCACAUGUGGAAUUUCUCACAACGCCUUGGGAUUAAGGUGAAGAUAGGACAAUUCAGCCCAUAUUUUCCACAGGGUCAACAGUUACACUUAUAUGUAGACAUGGCUGAGUUGGCUACAGGAAGUAGAACGAUGGCAUCCUCUGUGUGCAGUGCAGAUUGUCAUCCUGGAUUCAGAAGAUUCUGGAAGGAGGAAAUGGCAGCCUGCUGUUUUGUUUGCAGCCCCUGCCCUGAAAAUGAAAUUUCUAAUGAGACAAUGGUGGUAUUUUGGGUCUUCGUGAAGCACCAUGACACUCCUAUUGUGAAGGCCAAUAACAGAAUCCUCAGCUACCUAUUAAUCGUGUCACUCAUGUUCUGUUUUCUGUGCUCCUUCUUCUUCAUUGGCUAUCCUAACAGAGCAACCUGUAUCUUACAGCAAAUCACAUUUGGAAUUGUAUUUACUGUGGCUAUUUCUACAGUUCUGGCCAAAACAAUCACUGUAGUUCUGGCUUUCAAAGUCACAGACCCAGGAAGACGAUUAAGAAAGUUUUUGGUAUCGGGGACACCCAACUACAUUAUCCCCAUAUGUUCCCUAUUGCAAUGUAUUCUGUGUGCAAUCUGGCUAGCAGUUGCUCCUCCUUUUGUCGAUAUUGAUGAACACUCUGAGCAUGGCCACAUCAUCAUUGUGUGCAACAAGGGCUCCGUUACUGCAUUCUACUGUGUCCUGGGAUACUUGGCCUGCCUGGCCCUUGGAAGCUUCACUAUAGCUUUCUUGGCAAAGAACCUGCCUGACACAUUCAACGAAGCCAAGUUGUUGACCUUCAGCAUGCUAGUGUUCUGUGCUGUCUGGGUCACCUUCCUCCCUGUCUACCAUAGCACCAAGGGCAAGGCCAUGGUUGCUGUGGAGAUCUUCUCCAUCUUGGCAUCCAGUGCAGGGAUGCUGGGAUGCAUCUUUGCACCCAAAGUCUACAUCAUUUUAAUGAGACCAGACAGAAAUUCGAUCCACAAAAUCAGGGAGAAAUCAUAUUUCUGAGCAAAUA